CUCUGUUAGUCUUUCUGGUGAUAACGGUCUGACAAAUUAAAUCGUCCGUUUUAGAAGUUUUAUUUACUUAACUUACUGAAGUUCUCUAACGACAGUCUCUCGUCUUUGACAAAAUGAACAGAAUCCUUCUCGGUAUAUUUGCAGCUGGACUGCUCUUUGCAUUUGGACACACUCUGCAGUGUUAUAAGUGUGACGUGGGGAUCGCGGGCGUGUGCAUCACCAGGAAGGAGACGUGUGAAGACGGGGAGCUGUGCUUCAGCGGCGAAGGACAGGCGGCUUCCUUCAUCCCCAUCAAUCUGAAGGGUUGCCUAAAGUCUGACGAAUGUAACAAGGUCACUGACGUGUCGCCAUUUGGGAACCAGACCAUCUACAGCAUGAACAAGACCUGCUGCUCGGUGGACCUGUGCAACUUCGCCCCCAGCCUCUCCUCCCCCAUCCUCCUCCCCAUCGCCAUGGCAACCCUCUCUACCUCCCUGCUGAUGUCCCGAACGCUGGUCUGAGCACCCCCACCCCUGUUAAAGCCCCUUAUUAUUCCGCCCUGCUACUCCGCCCCCCCUCCCUCUAUACACUACCCCCGUUUCAGCUUCAACAAAGCACAUUUUUUUGGCGGGGGGGGGGGGGGGGGAGGACAGUGCUUCCCACCCUCCUCCCUCCUCAAAGUGCUUUGUUUUUCUUGUGUGGCUCUUCUGUUCUCCUGUCACUGCGUUACACUACUUUUUCACAGCUCACUACGCUUGCAUUUUUGUAUUUGAGAAUUUGUGUUAUAAAAGGGCUUUCUUUAAAUAUUAACUGGGACUUUCCAUAUUAAUUCACAAAGGACAAAACUUCUCUGCCUUCUCUGCUGGGAUGGUUCCCUUUUUGGACAUUUCCUUUUCUUUAGCAUCGCUUUGCAAGUUGAUUUUGAGUUACUCUAAGCUGCCAAUCAAAAAUGCUCUGAAACCGAAAAGGUGUCAAAAGCUCCAGAAAGUGAACAAUCCCCCUUAAAUACUUAAAGCAGACUCCUGUACUAAAGUGAUGUAUGCAGCCUAUGUUGGCAAUGGCAGGACUGAUUAUGUACAAGUUUAGCUUUUUUAGAUUUUCUAAAACUUCUGCUUUUCAAAUUUGAAAAAAAAAAAAAAAAAAAAAAAAAAAAAAAAAGGGAAACGUGUAUAUUUUAAUGAGUUGAGUCUCAAACUGGGUGUGUAAAUGAUUCAAUAAAGAUGUCAAUGUGUAA